AUGCCCUCCUCCUCCUCCUUCUUCUUCCUCCUCCUCUUCUUAUUCUGCUCGCCACCCUUUGUAGCCCCUCACCGGAGGAUCCUCCACCAGCCCCUUUUACCCCAAGACUCUCUUCCUCCUGCUUCCCCUCCCGCCCCUUCUCCCCCUUCUCUCCCUCCCAACCCCAACCCCAACCCCAACCCCAAGUACCCUUUUUCCUCUUCCAAUUCUACCCCUACAGAUUCCCCAUUUUUCCCAACCUACCCCGCCCCGCCUCCUCCUCCGCCUUCCCCCGCCACCUUCGCCUCCUUCCCCGCCAACAUCUCCUCCCUCAUUCUCCCCCAGACCCCUUCCUCCCACUCCAAGUCCCACAAGCUCAUCGCCCUCGCCGUCUGCGCCGUCAUCUCCUCCGUCGUCGCCGUCUCCGCCGCCGCCUUCGUCCUCUGCCGCCGCCGCCGCAACAACAACCGCAACUUCCCGGACGACGACGACAAGACGUUCAGAUCCGACCUUAACCACAGCAGCCGCCUCUUCCAGGCCAGCAGCAAUGCCCGCUCCAGCAGCGGGACCCACAAGCUCCGCCCCGGCUCCUCCACCAGCUCCGAGUUCCUCUACCUCGGCACGCUCGUCAACUCCCGCGGAAUCGACGAGCGCGUGAGCUCACGCGCGUUGGAGAGUGGUCGGAAGGUCGACUCGCCGGACCUCCAGCCGCUCCCGCCGCUGUCCCGGCAGUGCUCCAAGCUCAGUAACUGCACCAAUGCCGAACCGGCCCGGACCGGCGACGACGAAGACGAGGAGGAAGAAGAAGAGUUCUACUCGCCGAGAGGAUCUUCCGGCGGCCGUGAAAGCUUCAAUGGAGCUGGAUCAGGAUCCCGGAGAAUAUUCGCCGCCGGUGAUCUCGAGGAAAGAAUCAGCGAAACGACGUCGUGUUCAUGCUCCUCUUCGAAUUCCGGUUCACCGGCUCGGUCACAGUCUAUUAGUCUAUCUCCGGCGGUUAGUUUAAGUCCCAGAAGACCAUCACUUCCUAAAUCUCCGGAGUCUUCUGUUAUGCAGCCUUUGCCUACACAGGCAUUGCGAGCUGAGCCUCAUUAUCCGACGCCAUUUGGUUUCGAAACGGUGUCUUCUUCGCCGCCGGUGAGAGCGCUGGAGAAUGUUCCGGAAUCCUCGCCGAGAAGGUCGAGCGUUUCGCAGCAGAAUCUGCGGUCGCCUUCGUUGAGUCCAAUGUCCUCACCGGAGAGAGCUGCACCUGCAUCGGAUCAAAUCCCGGCGCCGUCUCCUUCAUUGUCUUCACUUUCUUCGUCACCGGAGAGAGAUUUGGAGAAGGAGGCAUCUCCAAAAGUAUUGCUAUUUUCUUUGCCUCCAAAAGCUUCGGCGUUUUCACCGUCUUCAAGUUGCACAUCGUCGCCAGAUAGAUUAUCAAAUGCUGCUUCUGAUGAAAAGGCCAAGUCUCCUUCCAUAUCACCAGAGAGAGGUUUAGAGAAGAGCCCAGUUGCAUCGCCAAGAACUUCAAAUGCUUCUGAUCGAUCAUUUAUUCAUUUGGAUCCAAAGAGGCAGUCUUUUUCAUCUUCUUCAGAGUCAUCUUCGCCGGAGAGAGAGUUGGGGAACAAUUCAGAUGCAUCACCAAAAGUCUCCAGUGUUUCUAAUCACAUUGAAGAACCUCCAGCUAGACUUAAUGGUGCUUUGAAGAUGCCUCUUUUGAUACCGCCACCUCCUCCUCCGCCACUCCCCCCUUCACUAAGACUGUGGGAGACUCCAAGUCCUAAAACACCAGCUGGCCAACCAAUCUCUAGACCUCCUGCUCUUAUACCUCCUUCAAGGCCUUUUGUGUUUCAAACCCCAGGAGGGGUCUCUGUUUCGCCAGUGGAGCUGCCGCCGAGUUCUGCACCAUUGGAGACUAUUGAGGAGAUUCCGAAACCCAAGUUAAAGCCAUUGCAUUGGGAUAAAGUUAGAGCAAGCUCUGACCGUGAAAUGGUGUGGGAUCAGCUAAGAUCAAGCUCUUUCAAAUUGAAUGAAGAAAUGAUAGAGACGUUGUUCGUUGUAAAUACACCCAAACCAAAUCCAAAGGAAACAACCCCACGCUCAGUUAUUCUGUCACCUAAGCAAGAGAACAGAGUACUCGAUCCUAAAAAGUCCCAGAACAUUGCAAUCUUGCUUAGGGCACUCAAUGUGACCACAGAAGAAGUUUGUGAAGCGCUCUUAGAAGGUAAUGCAGAUGCUCUUGGAACAGAAUUACUUGAAAGUCUACUGAAGAUGGCUCCAACCAAAGAAGAAGAGCGUAAGCUGAAGGAUUUCAAAGAUGACUCACCAGUUAAGCUUGGCCCUGCUGAGAAAUUUCUGAAAGAACUGCUUGAUGUUCCUUUUGCAUUCAAACGUGUUGAGGCAAUGCUUUACAUGACUAAUUUUGAAUCUGAAAUUGAAUACCUAAAAAAGUCUUUUGAAACGCUAGAGGCUGCCUGUGAAGAAUUGAGAAAUAGUAGGAUGUUCUUGAAGCUUUUAGAGGCUGUGCUCAAGACUGGAAACAGAAUGAACGUUGGGACAAACCGCGGUGAUGCCCAUGCCUUCAAACUUGAUACACUCCUCAAGCUCGCUGACGUUAAGGGAGCAGAUGGGAAAACUACGCUCUUGCAUUUUGUCGUACAAGAAAUCAUAAGAACUGAAGGUGCUCGUCUCGUUGCUGGUCAAUCUUCUUCAAACACAGCUUUGAACGAUGAUGCCAAGUGUAGGAGACUUGGUCUGCCAGUUGUUUCAGGUCUCAGUUCAGACCUCACUAAUGUGAAGAAAGCUGCUGCCAUGGACUCUGAUGUGCUUAGCGGUGAAGUUUCCAAGCUUUCUAGAGGAAUUAGCAACAUUGGGGAGGUUGUGCAAUUAACUGAGACAACGGUCUCAGAUGGAAGCAGCAGGAAAUUUGCAGAGUCCAUGACCAUGUUCAUGAAAAUGGCCGAGGAGGAGAUUAUAAGACUUCAAGCUCAAGAAAGUGUUGCUUUGUCCUUGGUGAAGGAGAUCACGGAGUACUUCCAUGGGAACUCCGCUAGGGAAGAAGCUCACCCAUUUCGAAUCUUCAUGGUAGUCAGAGACUUUCUAACAGUUCUUGAUCGGGUAUGCAAAGAAGUUGGUCUGAUCAACAAGCGAACCAUUGUUAGUAAUGCCCAAAAGUUUCCAGUUCCAGUAAACCCCAUGCUACAACAAGUUCUUCCUGGAAUCCAUGGAAGGCGACCCUACGAUUCAUCCGAUGAUGAGAGUACGUCAUCUCCCUAG